AUGAGUUAGUAUGAAAGGAUUAGACCGAUAGUUUUUUAGAAAGCUCCAGAAGUGAAAUAGGUGAGAUCCAAUUCAUUAGCUGUUCGAUCAUCGCCUUCUAAAUGUUAAUUGGAUUUAUCAUUCGAUUUAUAAGUUAAUUCAACAACUAACAAUACAAAUCAUCCUUUAAAAGAUAUCAACAACUAUAAAAAGCUGUAUGUGAGUGAGUCAUGUUAGAACAAUAAUAAAGAAAAUUAAUUAUCUGGAAAGCAUUUUUCGUUUAAGGCUGAUGAAAAUUAAUAUCUGAAAUAGAGAAUUAAACAAUUAGAAUCAUAGAAUAAUAACUAUGUAAGUGAAAAUAAAAAAUUGGCUCAUGUUUUGGAUCAAUAAAUUCAAUUAAAUCAAUCACUUCAAGAUUAAUAAUAAUCAAAAAACUAAAUUAUAAGAAAAUUAGAGGAUGUAUAGAAAAUGAGUAAAUAUUAAUAGCCUAAUAAUACAGAUCUUAAAUAAAUCAAUGAAUAACUCAUUAUGUCUAAAAAAGUAGUAAAUGAUUUAGAAGAAAAAGUUUAAAUUGUAUUAAAUGAGAAUUAAAAGUUAAGCGAAUUAAAUGAAAGAUUUUAGUUUACGGAAAAUCAAUUAAAAAUUGAAGUCGAAAAAUAUAAAAGUAAAUGCUCAAUUUUGGAUAGCAAACUAAAAUAAUAACAAGAUGAAUCGAAAUGUUUAGAAUUGCAAAGAAAGAUCAAAAAACAGAAUGAUCAAUUAGAGCUAUUGGCUAGAGAGAAUUAUCAAUUGAAAUAAUAGUUAAGUUAAAAUACUAAUCAAGUAUCAUAAUAAGAAGAUAGAUAGUUUCAUAGUGAUAAAUACAAAGAGACAAUCCAAGAACUAGAGUGCGAAAAUCAAUACUUAUAAUAAAUGAUAGGUAUUGAUUAAUAAAAGAUGAAUAAUCUUGAGGAAAAAUUACAUUUGUUGUCCAAAGAAAAUUAAAGACUAACAGAAAUAGUCAAAAAUCGUCAUAAAUAGCAAUGA